UUCAAAGUCAAAAUCCAGGACGUUAUAUUCCUUUGCCGGGAAUUUAUUUACGCUGACGUCUUCUAUCGGAUUUUGGACACAGUUACAAAAUCGUUUAAUAGAGUAAAACAUAACUUAUAAGAAACACGCUUAUUCCAGACAAUUAAGAGGAGAAAUCCUUCCAAAUCUGAUAUUGAAAUGUUUGGUAUAUGCACAUUUUACAUAACAUUAGUGUGACACACAGUGUCAGGAAUACUUUAUACUUAUUGUUGAAAUAAUUGAAGAAUAGAAUUGUGUCGAAAUGGCCUUAAGAGCAAUUAGACUGCUAGUAAGUAAAGGAAAGACUAACUUAGCUAGAAUAAAUGACAUUACAAAUCCAACAUCGACAGUAAAACGUGAAAGACUAGUUAUUCUUGGAACAGGUUGGGGAAGUUACAGUGUAUUGAAGACAAUAGACAAAAACAAAUUUGAUGUGAUAGUUGUCAGUCCAAGGAACCACUUCCUGUUUACACCAUUGUUAUGUAGUACAACUGUUGGGACUCUAGAAUUUAGAUCUGUCAUAGAACCUGUUAGGAACACAAUAUUUCGGCAGCCGGAUCAUUUCCACUUAUCAUUUGCUACAAAACUAGAUAUUGAAAACAAAAAAAUACAUUGUGAGAGUGUAUUGAAAUCUGAGCUGAAAUAUACAAUAGACUUUGAUAAACUGUUGAUUGGUGUAGGAGCUUUGAGUAAUACAUUUAACGUGCCUGGCGUUCAGGAACAUUCCUUCUUUCUCAAGGUAAGAUUUAACGUGCCUGGCGUUCAGGAACAUUCCUUCUUUCUCAAGGAAGUAGCAGAUGCCAGGAGAAUAAGGAACAGAAUAUUAAAGAAUUUUGAAUUGUCGGUACAGCCAGGAAUAGAAGAAUCAGAAGCAAAUAGGCUAUUACAUACAGUCAUUGUAGGAGGGGGACCAACCGGUGUGGAGUUUGGUGCAGAGCUUUAUGACUUUGUAGAACAGGAUAUUUCCCGUCUGUAUAAGCAGAAGAAACAUCAUGUAAAUGUAACCCUCGUAGAAUCUAAUCAGAUCCUCGCAUCGUUUGAUGAAAGUCUAAGGAAAUAUGCAGAGAAAAAGAUCAAAGAAAGAGACAGGUUUCAACUGGUCAAAUCAAUAGUAACAGAGGUGAAAAAAGAUUGUGUUAUAUUAAGUAAUGGAGAGACAAUACCAUGUGGAAUGGUUGUAUGGAGUGGCGGUAUAGCUCCCCGACAGUUUGUCAGUGAUUUAGAUCUGAAAAAAAAUAAACAAGGACAGAUAUUGACAGAUAAAUACCUGCAUGUUUUAGGAGAUGACAGUAAGAGUGUAUUUGCAAUAGGAGAUUGUGCUGAUAUACAAGACAUGCCAUUACCAUGUACUGCUCAGGUAGCAGAAAGAGAAGGCAGAUACUUAGCUAAGAUGUUAAAUCAUGGUAAAGAAUUUGCUGAACCAUUUGAAUUCCAGAGCAUGGGCAUGCUGGCUUAUAUUGGGAAAUAUCAGGCCCUUACAGAUGUAAAACAAAUCAAAAUGCAAGGUUUCACAUCAUGGAUAGUAUGGAGAUCAGCCUAUUUAACAAGGUUAGGAAGUUGGAGACUAAGGAUGCAGGUUCCCAUAGACUGGCUUAAAACUUUAAUGUAUGGAAGAGAUAUAUCUAGAUUUGAUUAAAAUCUGAAGACUGGUUUAACACUUUUCUAUAUGACUCAAAUAGCUUUUAGAUUUGAAUAUAACCUUAACAAAUGGCUUAUGAUUUUACACUUAGGUAGAAUUUUGUUAGAUCUGAAUGAAAUCAAUCGACUGAAUAACCGGAUUUUCGAAGGAAAAAUCGGUUAUUGAUUUGGGGAUGUAUGGGGGUGGCUGCCAAACAGUGUUCGUUCAUUAACAUGAAAACGCUUUGAUGAAAUCUUUUCAAAUUUAGAUAUGUUGUUUCCUGUGACUAAAUGAAGGUCAAGUUCAAUUUUCAUGAUUUUAACUGUUCUCGUUGUUGAGUUGUAGACCUUUCAGAAGCAAAAGUGAUACUUAUAAUAUGAUUUAUUUAUUUUGAGUUAUUUCCCUUUGAACAGAAAGGGUGUAAUUAAUAAGUAUAUGGAUAGAUAGUCUAUCAAUGAUUAUAUCUGUUUUAUUCAUGCAAUAAUUUCCACCUUUUAUCAAGAUAACAAACAUGUGGUAAUUAUCAACUAACAAAAUUAUAAUUGGAGUGACAGAUUUAUUUGAAAAUUUUGUGUUUCCUAAGUGUUGUUGAUGAUAAUCUCUGUAGGACUGUAUAAUUAUAGUUUGAAAUUUACUGCUCAUUAUUAUAUAUUUGUUUUACCUCAUUUGGAUCAAAUGGCUAUGUGAUUUAUUUCCAUCACUCAGCAUCUGUCAUCAUCGGUGUCCAUACUAGUCGUAAACUUUUACACUCCUCAGAAACCACAGGAUUAAUUUCAACCGAAAAAUUUAACUGAAUAAUCCUUAGAGUAUCUAGUAAAAAGUUAUUUUGUUUGUUUCUGUCACUCAACCAACAUGGCCACCAUGGUUAGAAUAGAACAUAAGAGUAAAUGCAUUUAUUGUGGACAAAAAUGCUCAGGAGUUAUUGCCCUUAAAUUAUGAUUCUGGACUAAUUUUUUAGUUUUUGCCUUUUUUCUUGAAAACUACAACAUCUACAAGUAUUCAAAUAUGACUGAACCAUAGGAUGAAAAUUACCAUUUAAUGAUGAUUUUUGACUAAUUGUGAGUGAUUGCUUAUUAUUUCAAUUUUUAACUGGUGAGUGAUUUCACCUGUGCUUUUAAAUAUGUUGUAGUAUUGUAUCUAUUUUGUCACAUUUUUCACUGGUUUAUCUAAGUUAUCAAGUAACUAGUGUUAUAUCUUUAUGGGAAAAUGUGAAAAGUCACAAUUAAGAAAUAUAUUUUGAAAUUUUUAUGGUCAUAAAUAUAAGAAAUAUAUUUUGAAAUCUUUAUGGUCAUAAAUAUAAGUAACAGCUUUAAAAAACCAACUAGGAAAUAAUGCCAUACUGUGAUGAUAUACUUAUUGUUUGUUGUUAUUUAUGAAAACGACUUAAAUUUUAUUUAUUAAGUCAUGGCUGACAGUUUUGAUAAACUUAUGAUGUCUCUGCUUUUUAAAUGACACAAAAAUGUGCAGACUGAAAUUGCAGGAUCAUAACAUAUGAUUGACAAUAACAUGAACAUAUAGGUACCAAUACCUGAAUUUUUUUCCCCCUUUUUGGUGUUUAGUUUACCCCAUUAUUUCAUCAUGAAAAAUUAAAAUUAGUAACAUACAUUUCAUUUGUGCCAAGUCAGCGAAUUUUCUGUUAUAUUAAAAAAGGUGUACAUGGUGUUCUGUUUAAAUCUUACAUGAAAAUGUAUGGGUAUUUAUGACAAACCUAUCUUAUAUUUUCUUCUUUGUAGGAUGACUUUAAAAAUUUUAUGUAUUUGGGCAUUCAUUUUACAGUUAUAUUGUUGGCAGCUAGUAAUAUUAAAAAAAAUAUUAAAAUAUGGAUCACAUUUUGUAAUCCUCAAGGGAGGCAUUAAUGUAUACAGAGAAGGGAAAUAUUUUCCUUUAACCAAAUGAUGUCUGUGUUAUUGUAGUUGUCAUACUGACUUUGUAUUACUAGUGUGAUUGUCACGGAUGAUUGUUUAAAUUUUAUAUUGUGUUCCUUAGAACUUACAGAGAGCUCUUGUUUAAUAUACAUUUAUAUGUAAAUAAAAAUAUAAUUUUGA